CGACACGAAACGAUCCUCCUCACGACACACUUGCCCUCAUUUGACUGUGCCACCGAACUUUGAACCCAAGUUACUUGCCCUGCGGUUGACAGGUAGACCUAAUUCAGUCGUCCACAUAGUACCCUAGAAUGUUAUGUUAGCAGGGCCUUGUAUAUCCAUUGGAAAUAGCAGAUGGCCGUCUGCAGCAGGGCAGCGGUAAUACUAGCGGAGCAGCUACGAAGUUGCUAGUUAGGCUCGUGCCAUAAGCAGGGGCUACUCAUCUAGGGCAAGUUACUCAAAUCUCUGCUCGAAUUCGGAACCCACUUCCCCUAGGGCCCGUGGUUGCUUCCUAGAUGUACAUUCGAAUGGCCCUCCGUCACUCGCGCGUCGACCAAUGUCCCGCACACCACCCUUGUUCCUAUAGUACGCGUGCUUCUAGCCGGGGCGCUCGACGCGUUGACGCACGCUGCAUACCUGUGUACAGUAAUACAUCCGCACGUUGUAACACAUCUGGACGCUGUAACACAUCCUUUCGCCGGUUUAGCUUCUCUGCGACCCGUACAAGGGCUUUGCGUCGACCGUUGUUCCUCUGGGCCUGGACCCUCGGUAUACUAACACUCGCUGUUAGCACACCGCUUAGCAGAGGCGUCACUUCGAUUGUCGCAACGGCCGCACCAGUGGCUUCCGUUCCUCCUGCCAGUCCGCCGCUACACUUAAAAAAGGAGGUGCAGCAGCAUCAACAACAGCCACGGCCGCAGCGGCAGCAGCAGCAGCAGCAACGGCAGCAGCAGCAGCAACGGCAGCAGCAGCAGCAACUGCAGGAGCAGGAGCAAGAGCAAGAGCAGGUGCGCGUCCCCUCGUUAUUCCGCCUGGACCGCUUCUUCGCCUCCACCUCCGACAGCAUCUGGAAGAAACCACCCGCCGGCGCAAGCGACGGCACACGCGACGGUGCAGGCGGAAGAAAGCAGGCGGAGGACGACACAGGGGGGGCAGCAGGGGGAAGAGAAGACGGCGCUUGGCUGCAAGACCCGGGGGACGGCACCAGCGGGGAGCGCGCGGAGUUCCCCCCCCCGGAGCUCUUCACUGCGCGGAACUUCCCCGUGAAGACGCCGCGGCGGAAGGGGAAGCGGAACAAGGGCGGGGAGGGGCAAGGGCACGGGGGAGGCGCGAAAGAGAAUGGCGGAAGCCAGGGGUCGGGGGGGACGGAUCCGGGCACUGUACAGGGCGGUUCGGUGGGGCAAGACUCGUGGGUGCUCCCAGUAACGGGGGAUGGGUUUCCCAUGACGCCGUACCAAGAUGUGAUUGAAGCGGGGGAAAGGAACGUGGACUGUCCGUACCGGUCGCGCGGCGCGGGGGAAAACCUGUACCGAUGCGCCAUGGGAUACGCCGCACUCGCCGGCGUGACCGGCGGGCUAGGGAAACCGGUUUAUGUAGUUACUAGUGACGUGGAUAGGGAGGAGGACGCGCCGCAAGGCACGCUAAGAUGGGGGCUGUGGAACUACCCCGAGGGAGUGAAUAUACGCUUUAAUAGCUCGAUGCUGAUUAAGCUACAGAAGCGGCUGUUCUUGCAGUCGCACGUGACGAUCGACGGCCGCGGGGCGAACGUGAUUAUACGGGGCGGGAUGGUCCUGGCGAACAUCACGAACGUGAUUAUACACAACGUCGCGAUCGGCGACCAGAGGGGCGAUCACGACGUGGUGCACAUCGCUGGGACGACGCGCGUGUGGAUGGACCACUGCCAGGUGUACAAGGCUGUACGCGGUACAGUGGACGCCGUUUAUGGCUCUACAGAUAUCACCAUCAGCAACUCGUACAUUAGCAACCGGAAUUUGACCAUGCUGCUAGGAGCAGAAGACGAUGGGGUAUACGACGUUGACAUGCGAGUGACCCUCUACCGCAACUGGUUCGACAAGUCGGGCCAACGCCAACCAAAAGCCCGGUGGGGGCGGGUCCACGUGGCGAACUCGCUCUACUCCAAGUGGGCCUACUACUGCCUGGGCGGCCGCAUGUAUGCCGCCAUCCGCUCCGACCACAACAUCUUCAUCGCGGGGGAGGCUCGGAAGGAGCUCACCCCGUGGUUCGGUGAACGCGCCCUCUGGACUGAGGGGUUUGACACGACCCCAGUGAUCCGGUCAUUUGGGGACCUGCUGGUGAAUGGUGCCACUUUCACGGAGUUUGGAAAGGAGCUGACGAUCUUUGACCCGCCGUACCGAUUGCCGAUGCACGUGGCGGAUAAGGCGCUCGCGCACUUUAUACGGGUUAAUGCAGGGCCUAGAAACGAGUAUGUUCCGGAGUUACCGUGCACGCCUCAGACCUGCUUCCAAUAAUGGGGAUGGAUGGGACGAUGCUGGCACGGCUAUGGGCUGCAUACGUGGGGGAAGCUACAGGUGGGCAUAAAUGCGGGACCAUGAAUGGCUGGGGCUAGGAUGGGAGUGCUGAAUACUGAUGUCCACAAGUACUGGUGGGAGUUGCCGUUGCUAUUGAUUGUUGCGGGCGGGAAUGGCCGAUACAUGCAUGCAUGCAUGCCCAUUGCCCAGCGUCAUUGUAAGAUGUGUGGUGUGGACACCUGGGAAUAAUGAAUACGGCGCAGCCGU